AUGGUAAUCUCAUCAAGUACUGCCUUGAGUGGUGUCCUCUCGGCAUGCAGCCCUCCGGUGGCUUUUGCAACCGAUGCCUCCUUCGUUUUCACUGACGAUGGAUUGCAGUCAGUUCCUAGAACACCAUCCUACAAUGUCUAUGUCUACCUUCCGCACAGAAUGCUGGAUCCGGUCGCGGAUGAUGUGAAAGAAAGGGUACACCGCUUCUGGAAGACUACUUACUGGGGCAAUGCAGAUGCGUUCGAAGUCUUCAUGGCCUCCUUCACACUCGCGUUGCGAGGUGAGGGCUGA